GUUGUGUAGGAACACUAGUUCUUCGUCUUCCUUCAUCUUCUUCCUUAAGCAGCAACAUUGCUUCUUCUUCAUCUGUUACCAACAAAAACAACACAUAAAAGUUCACAUCUUUCAAGAAAUUUUGUCCCUUUUAUGAAAACUUUGAUAAGAAUCUGGGAAUUGGGUUUUGAUCAUUACACAAUUCACUACAUUUCUAGAAUCUAAAUUGAAAUGAGGAAAAUUAGAGAGAUUUACCCAUUGUGAAGAGAAGAGUUGACUAAUGGAUCAAGUCUGGUUGAGGAUUAUAAGACAAGUCUCAGGACCUUUCUUCUUUUUCUUAGCUAACCUAAACCGGUUAAGAAAGAAUUAAUAUAGGAAAUAUCGAAACCGGUUUCGAAAAAUACUUUAUUUAAACGACGCCGUUUUGAAGUUUGAACGUUUUUGACCCAGGAAAGGUUUUUUCUAUCGUCUUCACUCUUCAUCAAUCAGUUUCUCCGAUUUGCGUCGUCGUCUUCUUCAAUGGCGCUGAAAUAUCACCAACAGAUCAUAUCAGACCUUCUCGAGGACUCUAAUGGCGGAUUAUUAAUCCUUUCCUCCGGUCUCUCCCUCGCUAAAUUAAUCGCUUCUCUCCUCAUCCUUCACUCUCCGUCGCAAGGAACUCUACUUCUCCUCCUCUCCCCCGCCGCUCAAUCUCUAAAAUCCAGAAUCAUCCAUUACAUCUCCUCUCUUGAUUCUCCUACUCCGACGGAAAUCACCGCAGAUCUUCCGGCGAAUCAGCGUUACUCGCUUUACACCUCCGGUUCUCCUUUCUUCAUCACGCCGCGGAUUCUCAUCGUCGAUCUGUUGACUCAACGGAUUCCAGUUUCUUCACUCGCCGGAAUCUUCAUCCUCAAUGCUCAUUCGAUUUCCGAAACCUCCACUGAAGCAUUCAUUAUACGAAUUGUCAAAUCCCUAAAUAGCUCUGCUUAUAUACGCGCUUUUUCCGAUAGACCGCAAGCUAUGGUUUCCGGUUUCGCCAAGACUGAACGCACCAUGCGUGCUCUCUUCCUCCGUAAAAUCCAUCUAUGGCCAAGGUUUCAGUUGGAUGUGUCUCAGGAAUUGGAGCGAGAACCACCUGAGGUUGUGGAUAUUAGGGUUUCGAUGUCGAAUUACAUGGUGGGAAUACAGAAAGCUAUCAUUGAAGUAAUGGAUGCUUGUCUCAAGGAGAUGAAGAAGACUAAUAAAGUUGAUGUUGAUGAUUUGACUGUAGAGAGUGGUUUGUUUAAGUCCUUUGAUGAGAUUGUGAGGAGGCAGCUUGAUCCUAUUUGGCAUACUUUGGGGAAAAGGACAAAACAGCUUGUUUCUGAUUUGAAGACUUUAAGGAAGUUGCUUGAUUAUCUUGUUAGGUAUGAUGCUGUGAGUUUUCUCAAGUUCUUGGAUACACUAAGGGUAUCAGAGAGCUAUCGGUCUGUUUGGUUAUUUGCAGAGUCCAGCUAUAAAAUAUUUGAUUUUGCAAAGAAACGAGUGUAUCGUCUCGUGAAGGCAAGUGAUGUCAAGUCAAAAGAACAUGUUAAGAAUAAGAGUGGUAAAAAGAGAAAUUCGAAGGGCGAAACUGACUCUGUAGAAGCAGUUGGUGGGGAAACGGCAACAAAUGUGGCUACUGGCGUUGUUGUAGAAGAAGUUCUGGAAGAGGCACCAAAAUGGAAAGUCUUACGUGAAAUUUUAGAGGAGACACAAGAAGAAAGACUAAAGCAGGCUUUUUCUGAGGAAGAUAACAGUGACAACAAUGGAAUAGUUCUUGUGGCUUGCAAAGAUGAACGGUCCUGCAUGCAGCUUGAAGAUUGCAUCACAAACAAUCCACAGAAGGUAAUGCGGGAAGAAUGGGAAAUGUACCUGCUGAGCAAAAUUGAGCUCCGCAGUAUGCAGACACCGCAAAAGAAGAAACAAAAGACUCCCAAGGGUUUUGGGAUUCUUGAUGGAGUUGUUCCGGUAACUACAAUACAGAACUCGGAAGGUAGCAGUGUUGGCAGACAAGAGCAUGAGGCUCUUAUGGCUGCUGCGUCUUCUAUUCGCAAGCUAGGAAAGACAACAGAUAUGGCUUCUGGAAAUAACAACCCAGAGCCUCAUGUUGAUAAGGCUUCGUGUACCAAAGGAAAAGCUAAAAAGGAUCCAACAAGUCUCCGGAGAUCCUUAAGAAGUUGCAAUAAGAAAACGACGAACAGUAAACCUGAAAUCUUACCAGGCCCAGAGAAUGAAGAAAAAGCCAAUGAAGCUAGCACGUCAGCCCCUCAAGAAGCCAAUGCUGUUCGCCCCAGCGGUGCUAAAAAGCUACCGCCUGUGCAUUUUUAUGCCUUAGAAAGCGAUCAACCUAUACUAGAUAUCUUGAAACCCUCUGUGAUCAUUGUCUACCAUCCUGACAUGGGUUUUGUCAGAGAACUUGAGGUUUACAAAGCAGAGAACCCUCUCAGAAAGCUGAAAGUUUAUUUUAUUUUCUAUGAUGAGUCCACAGAAGUGCAGAAGUUUGAAGCAAGCAUACGUCGAGAAAAUGAAGCGUUUGAAUCAUUGAUCAGGCAAAAGUCUUCGAUGAUUAUUCCCGUUGAUCAGGAUGGGCUCUGCAUGGGGUCGAAUUCUUCUACAGAGUUUCCAGCUUCAAGUACACAAAACUCAUUAACCCGAAAAGCAGGCGGAAGAAAGGAACUGGAGAAAGAGACACAGGUUAUAGUUGACAUGAGGGAGUUCAUGAGCAGUCUACCAAAUGUUCUUCACCAGAAAGGCAUGAAGAUAAUACCAGUUACACUAGAGGUCGGCGACUAUAUUCUAUCUCCUUCAAUAUGCGUAGAGAGAAAGAGUAUUCAAGAUCUUUUCCAGAGCUUCACAUCAGGUCGUUUAUUUCACCAAGUCGAAAUGAUGUCCCGUUAUUACAGAAUACCAGUUCUUCUGAUCGAGUUCUCACAAGACAAAAGCUUCUCCUUUCAGUCUUCGAGUGAUAUAUCAGAUGAUGUGACUCCAUAUAACAUCAUAUCAAAACUAUCAUUGCUAGUUCUGCAUUUUCCUCGGUUAAGGUUAUUGUGGUCUCGAAGUCUACAUGCAACCGCAGAAAUCUUUACUACCUUAAAAUCCAACCAAGACGAGCCUGACGAGACUCGAGCAAUAAGAGUUGGUGUGCCUUCAGAAGAAGGUAUCAUAGAAAAUGACAUCAGGUAAAGGAACUCUCUUUCUUAAACUGCAAAAAUCAGUUUUGUUAAUUUGCCUUUGUAAAUAUCGAAAUUGACUCAUGAUGUGAAACAGAGCCGAGAACUAUAACACAUCUGCAGUUGAGUUUCUGAGAAGGCUUCCUGGAGUUUCGGAUGCGAAUUACAGAUCGAUUAUGGAGAAAUGUAAGAGUUUGGCUGAGCUCGCGUCUUUGCCUGUUGAGACAUUAGCAGAACUCAUGGGUGGUCACAAAGUUGCUAAAAGUCUCAGAGAGUUUCUUGACGCCAAGUAUCCGACUUUGCUAUGAAGAGAGAGGUAACACUUAUUAAUUUAGAAGCUCAUUCACAAAGCUGCUUAGUUCUUUCUUGUUCAUCUGCUACGUUUGUUGUAGAUUAGAUUCUUUAUUUGAUUAUUUAUGAGUUGAUUGAUCUGUUGUAACAGUUAAACUAGUGAGCAUACUUUGAUUGUAUUUUAAAAUUGUUUCAUGGUUACACUCUUGGUAUUUGGAGUGGUUGAAACAAAUAUUGAAAUGGUGAAUUUAGAAAGAAUAUUUUUUUAAUAUAAUAAGCAAACUAACAUCAAUAAUU